UGACUCCCAUGAUGCUAGUGGAGCAGCCUGUUACAAGAUGGCGGCCCGGCGGUUUGAAUUGUUGCGCUAAAUUCUUCGUAGAACUCUUCGUAGAAUAGAAUAAUUCUUUCUCCUGGAAAAUGAACAGAGCUAUAAGGACCCCGGACGAUAGCACAGCUAUCGUGCGAAUAAUGAGUGAUUUUAGCCAGUUUGUAAAUGCUGAUCAGGGCCCGGUAAACAAGAAAUUAUCGUACGAGGAAACUGAAACUUCUAAUUCUUCUCAAGCGCAAAAAACUCACACAAACACUUUGGCUUCGAGCAAAACAGGUAAACGACAACACAGUGAAAGAGACGUGGAGAUCUUCAAGAACCGUAGCAAGAUCGCUUAUCUGGAAAAUGAACUUAAUUCUGCUGAGAAAUCACAAAAGCGAGCCCGAGUCGAAAAUGACCGAGACAGCGAAAAACACAAGAGAGACUUGAGGGACAAGGAACAAGAAUUGAGCGAACUGCGAAAAACUGUUAAGUAUGCAUUGGAUCAGGAAAAGCUUGCUAAAGAGCAGUUUGGGGACUUGAAAAAAGAGUUUGAAGGCUACAAGAAGAAGAUGGACACCAAAAUGCAGUUACUACAAAGAGAAAAGUUGAAAUUCUCGUCAGAGGUCGAGGAGGUCAGACAAGAAUCAAGUCAGAAAAUUCUAGAACUACAAAAUACUUUGGCAAAAGGGGAGACUCAGCAGCUUAACUUGCAAAGUAAAUUGGAGGAAGCAGAGGAAAUGCUAGAAAUAUUUAAAAGGAGGUAUAGCCAGGCUGUUAAUAAUGCUACAGAACUAGAGGAGGCCAAAAACAAAGCUCGCACAGCUGAACACAGAGUGAAGGAAUUAGAACACCAACUUUCUCUGCAAAGUGAGGCCUCUAGUAUCACAGUGUCCUUUCAAAACCAGCUGACCAAGUACCGUGCCCUGGAGAAAGAGAAUGCUAAGCUCAAAGAAGAUAACCAGUAUUACAGACAGACCAAUGAAAGCAAUCUGUUGCUAAAAGAGGAGACAGAGCAUGUAAAAGCCAAACUGUCAAGAGCAGAACAGAGGCUGAAAGAUCUCAUCAUGCUAGAGGUUGAAAAUGAGGAAUUAAAGAAAAAAGUCCAGAAAUAUGGAGUAGAGGACAAGUUUGGCAGCAAGCGACAUUCGUCUCCUGUAGGACGUGUUCAUGAGGUGUCCACGAUAAGAGAAGUGAAAACUGAUGAUAUUGAGGAAAUACUGAAUGAACUGGACAAAGUUAAGGAAAGUGAUCUUAGGCAUCAGGAACUGGCAGAGGGACUCCAGAGGCAUUUAUUCAUAGUGACAGCUGACAGAGAUGCUUGCCGUAAGAUCCUGAAUCAGUUUGACACCAAGUACUCUGCUAAUUGCGACCCUCAGCUUAAACAUCGCUUGACAGAGACCGAGAUGCAGUUGACUUCAUAUGAGCAACAUGUAGAGAAACAACAGGUAGAGCUGCAGAAUGCUAAGGAAGAAUUGUCAACAGUGCGAUUAAAAGUCAAGGAGCUGGAGAGAGCAUUGAAUGGGUUUAAAAAGACAAGCCCCUCCCAGGCGUCUGAGUCAAGCCCCACCUUAGUGACGGAGUUAAAGACUCAACUUGAGAAGCUUAAGAAAGAGAAUGGUGAGCUGGCUGAGCGGCUGGAGGUCUACGAGUUACGCAAGGAGCAGAUGCAUAUGCAGGGCUACUUUGACCCACUUAAAACCAAGGUGGUCCACUUCUCCAUGAACCCAUCCAAUCUUGCAAGACAGCAGAGAGCUGAAGAGAUCAAGCGACUGCAGGACGAGAACGAGGCUUUGCGACAAAGAGUUUGGUUACUGGAAGAGGGCAAGGCAUCACCCGGUGACCAGGCUGCCUGGAAAAACCUGUCACCUGAUGCUGGUGAUCCUAGCGUCAUGAAGCAAGUACAGGAUGUAAAAGCUCAACUUUCGUCGUCAGAGUUAAAAAAUCAAAGAUUAAAAGAGGUUUUCUCUCGGAAGAUCCAGGAGUUUCGAGAGGCGUGUUAUGCGCUGACGGGCUACAAGAUAGACGUGGUGCGUGACAAGAAAUAUCGCCUGCAGUCCAUGUAUGCUGAACGAGCUAAUGAUGACCUGCUCUUUGAGAGCAACUCAAAGGGCGAGAUGAUGAUGUUGCAGACAGACUUCUCAGCUCAAGUUGCCGAUCAAAUCGACACGUAUCUCAAGAAGAUGAACUCCAUUCCCGCAUUCCUGAGCGCCGUAACCCUUGACCUUUUCAGCAGGCAGACCACGACUAUCGUCAUCAAUUGACACGUGACUGUCAUGAGAGAAGCACGUGCCUAGUUUCGUGGAAUGUAUUGUGUAAAUGGGGCGACCUUGGACGUCUUCAGUAGUAGGUAGACCUCGCCCAUCGUGAUAAACUAGCAAGUAGGAUGGACUAAUGGAAAACACUUGAUCAUACUAAACCAAAAACGUGGAUGUUUCACGUGAACGAAACACAUACAAUGGCGGCGACAGAAGAUUUGCGAUUGCGGAGAGGACAAGCAAAAAACGCUACACAUUUUGGUUGUUUCGGGGUGGGCCUUUUUUCAUGGAGCGCAAAUUUACUGCAAAAUUUCUUAAACUCGCAAAUAUACUGUAAUUAUUAUUCCAUGUUUGGCUGCCUCCUCUGAUAAUAUAAUAUAUACCAGACAGUAGCAAACUUAGCCCAGCAAAUAUUCUGUAAUUAUUAUUCCAUGUUUGGCUGCCUCCUCUGAUAAUAUAAUAUAUACCAGACAGUAGCAAACUUAGCCCAUUUCUGUUAUAUGUCUCACUAUUUUCUGGGUACUAUUGUUGAAAAUGUAAAUAUUUCUUUGUUUAAAAGUGUAUAUAUAAAGCGAAGUCGUAAUUACA